CCUACUUUUGUAGUAAACAUGGGGUCUUCCAUAGCCUCUCUCUUUCUCAGUCUUCUAGUCUUAGCUGUGUCUCUCAAUUUGCCUUUUAAAACCUUUGCCGGUUACACUUAUUCCUCUCCUCCACCUCCUCCUAAGAACUAUCCACCACCACCUUAUCAUUACAAGUCACCACCGCCUCCUCCUCCAGUCCAUUCUCCUCCUCCACCACACGAGAAGCCUUACAUGUAUAAGUCUCCACCACCUCCACCGGUGCAUUAUCAUCAUCCGCCUUACAAGUACAAGUCUCCUCCUCCUCCACCCCCGGUUUAUAAGUACAAGUCUCCCCCACCUCCACCAAAGCACCCAUAUAAUUAUAAAUCUCCUCCACCACCCCCAACUCCAGUUUACAAGUACAAAUCACCACCACCACCUCCACUGCACUAUCCUCCACCACUUUACAAAUAUAAGUCCCCACCACCACCACCACCACCACCGCCAUCACCACCCAAACAUCCUUAUAUGUACAAGUCUCCACCACCACCGCCAUCACCACCCAAGCAUCCUUAUAAGUACAAGUCUCCACCACCACCACCAUCACCACCCAAGCAUCCUUAUAAGUACAAGUCUCCACCCCCGCCACCUCCAGUGUACAAGUAUAAAUCUCCACCACCUCCAGUGUACAAGUAUAAAUCUCCACCACCUCCAGUGCACUAUCCUCCACCCCCUUACAAAUACAAGUCCCCACCACCACCACCACCAUCACCACCCAAGCAUCCUUAUAAGUACAAGUCUCCACCACCGCCAUCACCACCCAAACAUCCUUAUAAGUACAAGUCUCCACCACCGCCGCCAUCACCACCCAAGCAUCCUUAUAAGUACAAGUCUCCACCACCACCCAAGCAUCCUUAUAAGUACAGGUCUCCACCACCACCACCAUCACCACCUAAACAUCCUUACAAGUACAAGUCUCCACCUCCGCCACCUCCAAUUUACAAGUAUAAGUCUCCACCACCUCCAUUGCACUAUCCUCCACCACCUUACAAGUACAAGUCCCCACCACCACCAUCACCACCUAAGCAUCCUUAUAAGUACAAGUCUCCACCACCACCACCACCACCAUCACCACCCAAGCAUCCUUAUAAGUACAAGUCUCCACCACCACCACCACCACCAUCACCACCUAAACAUCCUUAUAAGUACAAGUCUCCACCCCCGCCACCUCCAGUUUACAAAUAUAAGUCUCCACCACCUCCGGUGCACUGUCCUCCACCCCCUUACAAGUACAAGUCCCCACCACCUCCACCACCAUCCUCACCACCAUCCCCACCCAAGCAUCCUUAUGAGUACAAGUCUCCACCACCGCCUGUACACUCCCCUCCACCACCAUCACCCCAUUAUGUCUACUCUUCACCCCCUCCUCCUCACCAAUACUAAGCUACGGCUUUGACAGUACUCCAAAGGAGAAGAGUGAUUCAAAUAAAGAAACAAAAGAUGGUUUGAAAAGAAAUAUUGAGAGGCCAUCAAGAAGAAAAUUAGGAGUCGAGCCUAGUCCCCCCGUUUGAAGUGAAUAAUGUAGACAUGUUUAUAUUUGGCAAUGUAUUAUUCAGUGGGUCCACUUGUUUUUAUU